AUGCGUUCCCGCAAUAUAGUGAUUUCGUUGGUACUUAUAAUCGCACCUGCAGCCGUAGCGUUACCUCACCACAGCGUCGCUAAGUGUAACCCCCUCUUCGACAUAGAAUGUAAUCAAUCGGUGAAUAUUCCUAUAUUUUCGAGCGGUUAUAAGCACAGUGUCGACCGAGUGACGAAAAGUGCUACAAAAGUGCCCGAAUUUUACCCCGCCUUGCCACCCGCAGGCAGCACUGCCCUAAGCUUCUGCUAUAAUCACAAUAAAACUACACGAAUUGAGCGAAUCGCUAUCACAGCAGCCUUUUUUUUCCUCAUUGAACUGUCAAAACACAACACAACAGUUUUUGGAAAGAGAAACGAUUUUUAUUGGCUUGAUCGAACUCCCGAACUGCAGAGUAGACAGAUAGGACAGGUUAAUUUCACAUUGCCUUUUAUUGCUCCAGCUUCAACAGGCAUCAUAGUAAAUACAGGUUAAUCUCGCAUUGUCUUCCACCGCUCCACCGACAGCAGGCA